UGAAGCACCUGAUGGCUCCUGUGUUCCAGCACGUCAUGUCAUCGCUGUUCAAGAGGAGUUAUACGAGCUUGUGAUGUGGAGUGACAGCGGUGACAGGAAUGUGUCCAGCAGGGCAGCUGGAGAUGGACUUCACCCCCGAACAUGGAUAUAAAAGCUGCGAACGGUCGUCUGUGCAGCACAAACUCAUCGGACAAAGAAGAGAGCAGCUGCAUCUGAAAGAUCCAACAGCGUGUAGUCCAGUCAUGAAGGUCCUCGUGGUUCUCGCUCUUUUCUCUGUUUGCAAUGCCAACAUCCUGUGGCAGGAGCCCCCAAAGACCAACCUGGAUGUGGUGAAAGAGGCGUUUUGGGACUACGUUGCCAAGGCGACGCUCACCGCUGAGGACACCAUGAGGCAGAUCCAAGAGUCAGAGCUGGGACAGGAAGUGAACACCAAGAUCUCUCAGAGCGCCGACGCCGUCAACCAGUACAUCGUGGCUCUGCGCACCCAGGCGGCCCCUCUGACCCAGGGCUUCAUGACUCAGUUCUCCCAGGAGGCCGAGCAGCUGAAGGCUCGUCUGGAGAAAGAGCUGGCCGCCAUGGGCGCCAGCGUCCAGCCCCAGGCUGAGCAGCUGCUGGCACAGCUCCAGAGCCAGGUGGAGGAGCUGAAGAAGGAGACGGCUCCCUACGUGGAGGCCAUGGACCCCGAGGCCCUGAAGGCCCUCCUGGUGCAGAAGAGCCAGGAGCUGAAAGGCCAGCUGGAGAAGAGCAUGAGCAAUCUGCAGACCCAGAUGGUCCCCUACACCGAGGAGGUGAAGGAGAAGAUGGAGCAGAGUGUGGAGGAGUUCCAGAAGACCGUCAUCCCCCUGGUACAGAGCUUUGAGACCGAGCUGGCCCAGAAAACCCAGGAGAUCCAGCAGAACCUGGCCCCACUGGGAGAGGAGCUGAAGGCCAAGCUGGACUCCAGCACUCAGGACCUGCAGGCUCAGCUGGCGGUUCUGUGGGAGGCCUUCACCAAGAAGACCCAGUAAACGGACUCUCCUUCAACAAUAUUUAUUCUGAUUUUACUCCAUCUAUUUUACUAAAUAAAAACCUGAAAUUCAGCAGUUUCGAGUGUCU